AUGGACGAGUCGGCUCUGAACUGGAACCGCCUGUUGAUGUCUGUUGAUGUCACCAACCCCCCUCGCCUUGCUCUGCUGGACCAAGCCCGUCAUCCGGCAGGGCAGAGAGUGGCACAGAACAUGUCUGCAGGUACUGCGUGGCCCCACCAUCACGAUCUUGUUCGGUUGGUCACUCUGCUCGGCGGCAAGAGCAGCGCUGUGAAAGGCUCGAGCUACGCUGCGGAGCGGAGAGCUGCGUGGGCAAAAGCAAGCAAAGGGUGCCCAAGGCCCCCAAUUGACAUGAUUGAGCGUAGUGUAAAGCCACUCACGCCACCACGUCUGACCCUAGUACGCGCCCCGAUGCAGGCCAAGCACUGUGAUAUCCCUGCGAGCCCCUCCUCCCAGUCUGCCCUCCACCUUCUUCUCCGGACUCAUCCAUCCCACGUUUCCUUCUGCUGGGAAUUUCUGGCCGCAGAUCAAGAGGCCCUCGGCUAUGCAGGUCGCGUUCUGGCCGCCUCAAAGAUUUUCAAUCUCUGA